AUGGGAGACUAUGGUCCUGGCGUCUUGCCUCCCAAGACGAAUAUCACGGACAUUCCGCCGCCGCCCUCAACGGCUCGUGAUGAAAUCUCAGUCCUGGUGACCGGUUUUGGUCCUUUUAAAACGAAUCUCGUCAAUGCCUCCUACUUAAUAGCAUCAUCACUCCCCUCAUCCUUUGACUUUCCGUUGGAAGCUUCCUCCGAAGAUGGCAUCACCACACGUCGAGUCUCCAUUCAUGUUCACCCGACCCCCAUCCCCGUCGCCUACUCGACAGUCCAGUCCACCCUUCCCAGCAUCAUCGAAGAUUAUGUCAGGACGCAUGGCGGCCGCCGGCCGGAUAUUGUAAUCCACAUGGGCAUUGCAGCAACGCGAUCGUACUAUUCCGUGGAAACACAGGCCCACCGGGACUCUUACCAUAUGUCGGACAUUAAAGGUCGCGCCGGAUAUGAAGACGGUGAGCGGAUCUGGAGGGAUCUCGGCCUCCCCCCGGUCCUCCGACCUGGGCGUGGAAGCACCACGACACAGAUAACAUCCACCAGUCCAUCGAAGCAACUGUUGAACCCUCAUCCUCCGGAUGACGACUUUCUGAAAUCGUGGAAGGCCUUUGCGGCCCCAGGAACGGACGUUCGCAUCUCGCACGACGCCGGCCGUUACCUGUGCGAGUUUAUCUACUAUGCGAGCAUGGCGCUGGCCUUCCGAGAAGGCCACGAUCGUAAUGUUGUCUUUUUCCAUGUGCCGGCAGGCUGUAAUGACGCCGACGUGCAGAAGGGCCGGGAUGCCGCCAUCGCAUUGAUCCAGGCGCUAAUACAGCGCUGGAUCGACCAGUCGGUCUAG